AAUAGAAACCUAAACAGAGUUCUUUUUUUUUUUUUCUUCAAGUUUUGGCGAAGCUCAAAGGCUCACAGCAACCAAUUUUUUUCAGUUGUGAAACUGAGAGGAUACAGAGUUGUGAAGUUGAAAGACUUGAUCUUUUUGAAAAUGAUUCGCAAAACUUGUCCUUGUUACUGGAGCAGCACAAGAGGUAUGCCAUUUCUUCACUCUCCCACUCUUGUUGUUUUCAUCAACAAUUACAUGAGCACAAGAAGCAGAGGGCUUCAUUCUCAACCCUCAACCCCAGCUAAAUCUAGAGAAACCCAUCGAGGGAAGCUUUUGAGAGACAACUACCCUAAACCCUCUGUGCCCAAAGUCUGUAACCCCGAACAUGCCUUGAAGGUGUUCGAUGAAAUGCUUCAAAGGCGUCCUUUGCCUUCGAUUGUCCGUUUCACUCAGAUUUUGGGCCAACUUGUCAAAUUGAAACACUAUUCUCAAGUCAUCGCUUUGAAUAGACGAAUGGGUCUGAUCGGAAUCGCUUCUGAUGUUUAUACUCUAACCAUUAUCAUUAAUUGCUUUUGCCAUUUGAAUCAAAUGGGGUUUAGCUUAUCUGUCUUGGGGCAAUACUUCAAAUUGGGUCUUCAACCAGAUGUCACCACCUACACUACUCUAAUCAACGGCUUUGUUCUCGAGAAUAGAAUGGCAGAAGCAGCAGGGAUUUUCAGCAAAAUGCUGCAGGCAGGUCACUGUGUGCCCAAUGUGGUUACUUUCAACACACUAAUAAAAGGACUUUGCAUGAGGGGUGACAACACUGCAGCUAUUCAAUUGCUCAGGAAGAUGGAAGAAAGAGGUCGUAAGCCUGACAUAUUUACCUAUAGCACCAUCAUUGACAGUCUUUGCAAGGAUACACUAGUGGUUGAUGCACUGAACCUCUUCUCAGAAAUGAUUAGUAGGGGCGUUGCUCCAGACGUUGUUACUUACACCUCUUUGAUUCAAGGAGUUUGCAACGUAGGUAAGUGGAAAGAAGCUACAAGGUUGUUGAAUGAAAUGGUUAGUAGAAAUAUCCUUCCGGAUGUAGUCACCUUCAAUGUCUUGGUUGAUGGACUUUGUAAGGAGGGGAUGGUUGUGGAAGCCAAAAGUGUGGUUGAAAUGAUGAUCCCAAGAGAUAUUGAGCCUAAUGCGAUUACUUACAAUUCACUAAUGGAUGGUUACUGUUUGCGAGGUGAAAUGGAUGAAGCAAGAAAAGUCUUUGAUCUAAUGCUUAGCAAGGCCUGCAUGGUUAAUGUUCGUAGUUGUAGUAUAUUGAUAAAUGGAUACUGUAAACAUAAAAAGAUUGAUGAGGCCAACAAGGUUUUUCAGGAAAUGCUUUGUAUGGAACUUGUUCCAGAUACCAUUACUUACAAUACUCUUAUUGACGGUUUUUGUAAAGCAGGAAGAAUACGGGUAGCAGAGAAGUUGUUUUCUCAGAUGCAAGGUUGUGGUCAACUUCCAGAUGUUCAAACUUACGCCAUUCUAAUGAAUGGCCUAUGUGGAAACAAGCAACUUUCAACGGCAGUGGAACUGCUUAGAGAGAUGGAAGAUAACAAGUUGGAAGUAAGUAUCAUAAUUUACACCAUCAUCAUUGAAGGUUUGUGCAAAGCUGGAAAACUUGAAUCUGCAACAGAUUUCUUCUCUAGUUUGUCUUCAAAAAGAGUUCAGCCUGAUGUGAAGGCAUAUACUGUGAUGAUUAAUGGACUCUGUGAUGGAGGCCUAUUGGUUGAAGCAGAAAAGUUGCUUAGAGAAAUGGUAGAGAGAGGCUGUUCUCCAAAUUAUUGUACAUAUAACACCAUCAUCCGAGGGUUUAUCAAUAACAAUGAGACAUCAAGGGCUGUGGGAAUAAUUCAAGAAAUGGUGGAGAUGGGGUUCUCUGCAGAUGCAUCAACUGCAGAAUUGAUAAUUGAUUUGUUGUCUAAAGAUAAAGUAGAUUCAGCUUUGUUGUCAUUGUUAAAGAAGUCAUGAUUAAGCUAAUUGAAGAUUUGAAAUAAAACCUUAUUAGCAUGGACAAGGAAAUUUUAGAAUUCUGCAUCUUUAACCACUUUGGAUGUAUUAUAUAUGGUAUUUAUUCUUUGAAAACACACGUCAUUUUCAAGCUGUCAACUAAUUGUGCUAUCAUUAUCUAUUUAGCUUGGAAGUUCCAUCGCUA